CUACCUGACGGCGCGCGCGACCGGUGUGGGCAAGUCCAAACCCUCGCCUCGCGGCAACUCGCUCUGCAGGUUAUCCCGGUGAAUCACUCCUCAGUCAGUCAGCUAUAAGUAGGACAACUUUCCUCAUGCUUUCAUUUUCCUGCUCGCUCUCACAACAAGGACUUUGUUUUCAGACGCCAUGAGUAAGUCCAACAGCCUGAGAGUGAAGAGCUUUUUCAAAUUAAAAUCACCUGAUAAAGAAAGCAAGGACUUGAAAGGGUCGGACUCCCUCAAAGAUGGAGUAUCGACUUUACCGACGAGCCCCGGUCCUCUCAGCCCGGGACACAACGCCACAUUGACCGGUGAUGUUGUACCCAUUCCCCCAAAAGAAAAGAAGAGAAGGCGGCUGUUGUCAUUCAAGAUGAGACGGAAGAAAUCCAAGCACAAGGAAGAAGAAGGAGAAGAUGUGUUCUUCACUGAUGAACUGGACAGCUUCAACAAACAACUGAGCUACGACCAGAUGAGUGUUUCCACAGAGUGCAGCUUCCGGACUGAAUCGGACUGGGACCCUUAUUCUGAGUCUACCUCCAUGAUCAGCUUCGACAUGACUCAGCCACACGGGCCCACUUCCCCCUCAAAAUUAUUAAAGAGUUCGGAGGACAAGAGGGGAGUGUUGGAUCGCCUCAGCAAUUUCUUUACCCACAGGAGAAAAAAGAGCAGCAGCAGCAGGCGGCAUUCAGAGGCCUCCGAUUCAACUUCCCCAACGUCCCCCUUGUCUCCACAUUCACUCCAGUUUUUACAGGAGGAUGGCCUAAAGACACCAACUCCUUCUCGAAAAGACAGUCAACUAACAGGGUUUUCUUAUGGAGAAGACCGAACGGGAGCAGAGUAUGUUGACACCCUUAGCUCCAGUCCCAGCACAUUAAGUGUGGCUUCUCUGUUGACAGACGGAGCAGAGCUCCCGUUCGCAGAUAGUAACAGCAGUGGCCGAAGCAGUGUGAGGGAGGUGCACGUGUGCAGGGUUAGCACAGCCAGCGGUGGAAGCAAUUCCGGGAAUGUGACUCCCACCACUCUGGAUCUUGCUACUACCACUCAUCCAAGUGCUGAUUCAAGCUCAACACUAGGCUUUGCAGAGUCAGUGGUGGAGGAAGUGAGCAAGAGGCUGCAGGUCAGUUUGGAUGAAAAUGUCCUGAAUACAGAGAGUUACAGUGAGGAUAAUGCAGUUGGUCGGACCACACUGUUGGCGUUGAACAUCCCCCUUUCCAAGGCAGCUGAGACCCCAAAGUCACCUAACUUGACUUCUAUAAGCUUAGCGUCAAAUAAAACAUUAGUGAAAGUUGGAGAGAAGGGGCACAGGACUGUGCUGAGAGGAAUAACUUUAGGCUCUCAGUCGUCCACCUCACACCUCAUCUCGACCCAACAGGGAGAUGAAAACUCCCCGGACAUAGUGAGGGAAAACAAGAGGAGGGGUCAGGUAUUCUCUUGGGACACUGCAGCCGAGGCAUUUAGCGCGUCACCCGAGGAGGAGCAAGUGCCCAGAGGAGAUUCUCCUGUCCAACUCCACAAAGCCAUAUGGGUGGAAACAUACCUGGGAGCUCAGGAGGAAGAGGAGUGGGAGGGGGAGAAAGAGAAGGAUAUAAUUCAACGAGGGGAGGAAGGCUUCAGAGCGGACUCGCCUCCUGUGCUGGCUAUACCUGUCACAGUAAUUGCUGAGGAUGACUCAAUCCCCCAGUGCGCUGCAGAAAGAAGGGCUUCUACCCCCUCCGAGACUUUGACGUCCAGUGGCAGCUUGCCAGAAUCAGCCAUCUACUUGGCACCGACUACAGGGGAGUUCCAAACAACCUUGCCACAGCCAGAGGAUCCUGACACUGGCAUAGGCUCAAAGCAAAGUUCACAACAAGAGAAACGCAGAUCGAGAGAAAUUCGUGUUACGCGCAAGACUGUAAAUCUGCCUUCGAAGCACAAGGUAUUUGCCCACAAGGUGUACGUUAGCCCGGAGCCAAGUUUGGAUGGGAACGAACCAGCGGGAGAAAAGCUCGGCGGAGUUUCGACUACAGAGACUUCAGAAACAACAGAACGGAAACUACUCCAAAACAACAACAAUGUGGAACUCAAGGAAGCCAACCUUGAGCCAUUUCCAACAACAGAUGAGACUACACACUCUGACACAAAUACUCCUGAACCCCUAGUUAAAGAAAAAACAGACUGUGAGGCCUCUGACUUUGAAAAUACCUCGGCAACCUCAGACAUGUCCCAAGCGGUGGGAUCUGGGGUAAGAGACCCAGGGACUAACCAGGCUACACCCUCUAAACGAGGGGUUAAAGCAGCAGCAAAAAGUCGGCAUACCACGGCAAGUGGAGCAAAGACCCCAUCCUCAGCAGCUGGCAGCAAGGCCAAAAUUGUGACAACAAAGGCUAAGGCCUCCACAGAGAGCACAAAAGUGGGAACAUCCAGUGAUAUGCCACCAAAGACGGAACAUAGCAAUGAUAUGCUACCAACAUUAAAAGAUCAAAGCACCAGUGGUCCCUCAAGUCCGACAGGUUCAAAGUCUAAAAUCCCCAAAAGGUCAGCAUCAGAUGCUGAUGUGAAAUCACCAGUGACACCAGAUAAAACAUCAGUGACUGAUGCCUCUGGGCCAGUGUUCACUGUUAAACUGCAGAAACAACCCGAAACCAAAGAAGCUUUGAAAUCUCCAGUCACUACAACCAAAGCUGGCAGGAAGCACAGUUUUGAAGAAGCCAAGGGAGGGAAAGCUCUGCCAGGAGGCAUUUCUCCCACAAAAACAUUACAAAAGACAGGAACAAAGCUUAUUAAAGAAAAGUCAGAUGAGGACAGUGACUCUAUAAACCUGUUCAAUGGUGUGGAGAAAGGCCACGAGGAGAAUAGUACUAAAACAGGACACCCAACUAGCAGGGAGGGCCUGGAUGUAAAAAAACAAGGGCAAAACCGUCUGGAGAAUAAUGCCUCCGUGGCAUCAAAGAGUAGGUUGCCCAUUUCAUCUCCAAUAAGAAAGAAGAACGAUGAGAUAACUAAAACAAGUGGCACCAACUAUAAAAAAAUGACAUCUGGUCAGACUGAUUCAGACCGAUCCAAGACCGUCCAAAAGCUGCAAGAAGUAACUCCUGGCGAGAGACCUGGUAGUGAGACACCACCUCCGCUCCCUGAAAGUCCCAAAAAAGCAGGAAGCAUGCUGUCGACCAGACUAUCCAAACACCUCUCUAAAAGAAGCAUUAGCCAAGAAGAGAGUGACUUUUGUGUCUCUCCACCUCCUACCGAGCAAGAGGAAACCGUCUCAUCGAGGCUCUCCAAACAGAGCGACAUCAAACACCACAAAAGUCCGGUAAAGGAUUCAGCUGAUCCCUCGUCAUCUGUAAGCAAGCUUCCUACAAGGAGUCAAAUAGUAAAAUCCAGAAAACAUUCACCAACUAGGAAUUCUGCAAGCACAUCCACAUCUAAACAGGACUCAAAUCAGAACACUAACACAGAGACCGCUGUCAAAGCAUCUGAGAGUGUCACAGCAGAUGUGAAAGACAAUACUAGUGGUGACAGAUUAAGAUUCAAGUUUCCGUCUACAGAGGAACAACAGCACAUCAUAAAACUUCCAGGCAAUCGGUCAAAUACCAGUGAAAACAAGCUGAAAGGAAAAGAGACAAAGGAAUUAGAGGAGAGCAUAACCAGCCCUGCAACUGAGGAGAUUUUAAAAAUCCAUCCAAUACAAAGAAAAAAUGUGAUUAUUUCAGAAAACACUCCAGUAAAAGUUACACCAGUUACAGGCCCAGGGACUGUGGUAUUGCCUUGCAGAGAAGUUGCCAAGGCAAAUCCAUCUCAGUCGCAAGUUACCGAUACUAAUACUGAGAGUGAUUGCCAGGAAGGGCAGCAUGAGACCAAACAAAAAGUUAAGUCUACAUCUAAGAAAUCUCAAAUUCAAAGUGACAACACUGCACAAGAACAGAAAACACAGUUUUCACAAAAGAUUUGUCCAGAAGAAGUAAAAGAGAAAGACAUUUUAGAGACAACCAAGCUAAUAAGUAAGACAAAACCAGAUUUAAUCCAGGAGAGACGCCUUCCAGAGCCAAAUUCUGCAGUUUGGGCUCAGGACACAAUACCAGCUCAUGAGAAUGAAACUAAUAUGUCAACCAAACCUGUUGUGGUUGGCAGCACUCACUGUGACAUAAUCACCCACUCUGGUCAGGAAGGUGUUAUGCCCAAUAGUGUUUCCCUUGAAGAAAUAAAUAAGGUCACUUCUAAAGAAAAUAAUAUAAAUAGUCUUCCUGCUAAAUUGGCCUCAAAAGACCAAGAUGCUGAGCCAAAAGAUGUACUUUUAGCCACUUCCAUUGCUGUUUCAGUUGAUGACCUGGCCCGUAAAGAGCAGCAAAAACAGUUAUUGAAGGAUCAAACCACAAAUAUCAUUCUUAGAAAUGAUAGAUUGCCCACAUUAAGCAGAGAUUUAGUUAACGAUUUUGAGGUAGAGGAGAAAAGUAAAGAGGAGGCUGGCAGGAAACCAGCAAAGGCUUUGGAAAUUCAAACAAAGGUUGUUUGUGAAAUGCCCAAGAAUGUUGAAAAUCAGCUGGACAAAGAGCCUCUUUUACUGGCAGGAAAAUUUGAAAGUCAGGAGAAAGACUCAAAACCAAAUGAAAAGCUGAAUGAUGCAGCAGUGGAAAGCACUGACUCACAGAACAGUUGCAAAAAGGAGCUUAAGGGCAUAACUAUCGAGAAUGAAGCAGAGAAAAACAUUACAAAAACACAGAAGCCAACAGAUCUAUCAUCAGAGGAGAAACGUUUACAGCCUGACUCAGAGGAGGGACCGCAGACGGUAGUUACAGCUGCCCUGGAAGAGAAGAUGACAGAAGCAGAGCAAGCAAGAAGUGCACUCCAUGAAAAUACAGCCAGUGUGGUUGAUACAAAGCAGAAAUGUCAGAUUGUCUUAAAAGAAAAUGCAGACACUUGUGAUAAGGACAAAGAUCAGCAGAUGAAGACAUCAACAGAGAAAAAUGAACAGGAACCCAAAGUUCUUCUAGCCAAAGAUGAGAAGGUCAGGGAUAAGGAAGCAAAUCAGGGGGACAAACACGCUGAUGUUGUUAAGAAGAGUCAAACUCCAGAACUAAACGCCAUAAGCUCUGGAACUAAUACUACUAAAGAAGAUAGCCAAACAAAUGAUGGAUCAAUCAAGAAUUUACCAAAUGAGAUUUCAAAUAAGAUUGCUGACUCCAAAGUUAGGAGGCACAAGGAAGAGAAGACUUUAAUUGCUAGAGACCAAGAUGAUGACAUUGAAAAAACAGAGGAACAUGCUUCUAGAUCAGCAGAAUCCAAAUGUCCAAAUGCUAACCUAAAACAGGAACUGGAAAUGGUAAGAACAGAAGCUCCAGAGAAGAUAUCAGAAAGCCAAACUCAAGAAAUAAAGGUUGUAAGCACCAAAACUCAGAGUGCUGAUGGAGCCAAGGAACAGAAGACUUUAAUUGCUAGAGACCAAGAUGAAGACAUUAGAAAAACACAGGAAAAUGCUUCUAGAUCAGCAGAAUCCAAAUGUCCAAAUGCUAACCAAGAACAGCAACCUGAGACAGAAAUAGCUCCAGAGAAGACCACAGAAAGCCAAGUUUUACAAAUGGAUACAAGUCAAGAACUGGAAGCAGUAGGUAGUGAAACCCAGAGUGCUGAAGGUACUAAAGAGAAGACUGAAACAAAGGAUCCAACAAUAAAGAGUUUGGUGAAUGAGACUGCAAUUAUGCAUGCUGACAAUGAUGUUGUGGUACAAGAUCAGAUGUCCAUAGUUGCUGGAGAUCAACAUGCAGACAUAACCAAACCAGACAUAAGCAAAUCAACAGAAUCCAAAUGUCCAAAUACUGACCUAAAACAGGAACGUGAAAUGGUAAGAACAGAAGCUCCAGAGAAGAUAUCACAAAGCCAAACUCAAGAAAUAAAGCUUGUAAGCACCAAAACUCAGAGUGCUGCCGGUAUCAAGGAAAAUACUGAAGCAAAGGAUUCAUCAGAUAAGAGUUUGGUGGAUGAAACAACAAUGAGAACAGAAGCUCCAAAGGAGAUAUCAGAAAGCCAAACUCAAAAACUAAAGGUUGUAAGCACCAAAACUCAGAGUGCUGAUGGAGCCAAGGAACAGAAGACUUUAAUUGCUAGAGACCAAGAUGAGGACAUUAAAAAAACAAAGGAAAAUGCUUCUAGAUCAGCAGAAUCCAAAUGUCCAAAUGCUAACCAAGAACAGCAACCUGAGACAGCAAAAGCUCCAGGGAAGACCACAGAAGGUUUACAAAUGGAUACAAGUCAAGAACUGGAAGCAGUAGGUAGUGAAACCCAGAGUGCUGAAGGUACUAAAGAGAAGACUGAAACAAAGGAUCCAACAAUAAAGAAUUUGGUGAAUGAGACUGCAAUUAUGCAUGCUGACAGUGAGGUUGGUGUACAAGAUCAGAUGUCCAUAGUUGCUGGAGAUCAACAUGCAGACAUAACCAAACCAGACAUAAGCAAAUCAACAGAAUCCAAACGUUCAAAUACUGACCUAAAACAGGAACUGGAAAUGGUAAGAACAGAAGCUCCAGAGAAGAUAUCACAAAGCCAAACUCAAGAAAUAAAGCUUGUAAGCACCAAAACUCAGAGUACUGCCGGUAUCAAGGAAAAUACUGAAGCAAAGGAUUCAUCAGAUAAGAGUUUGGUGGAUGAAACAACAAUGAGAACAGAAGCUCCAAAGAAGGUAUCAGAAAGCCAAACUCAAAAACUAAAAGAUGUAAGCAGCAAAACUCAGAGUGCUGAUGGAGCUAAAGAGAAGACUGAAACAAAGGAUUCACCAAUAAAGAGUCGGGUGAAUGAGAUUGUAAUUGAGAAUGCUACCUCUGAAGUUAGCACCCAAAAGGACCAGAAGCCCUCAAUUGUCAAAGAUGAACAUGUGGAGAUUAAGAAACCAGAGAAAAGCUCUGAACAAUCCACAGAUUUCAAAGCCCCAACUGCAAACCCAGUUGUUUUCACAACUGAAAAAGCCGGUAGUCAGACUGAUAAUAAACAGAAGAAAAGAAAAGAAAUUAAAGAGCAUGUUGACGUUGAACACAAAGUGACAAAGCAGGAGCAUCAGCAGAUGAAAGCAUCAAAGAUAGAUGCCAAGCAAGAGUCGGAACGCAUUAUUGUAAAAGAUGCAUCUAGCAGAAAAGGUGGUGAAGAACAAAAAGACAAGCCCACUGUUGUUCCAGAUGAAGUACUUAAUAGCCCUGAUGCUCAGAAGAAUGAUGAAGAAAAAACAAAGACAGAUGUUGAUCUGAAACAGAAACUGCAGACUUUAAGAGAAGAGAGAACCAUAAACCUCAGUUAUCAACAAAAGCCUUCAAAGCCAACACUCAAUGGCAGUUUGUCUCUUUCUGCGACAGCGGAACCACCUUCAACAUCUCAAAGUACUCAGCAAAAGAAGGAAUCUCCAUCUAGCUGGUUAGAUGUGAUGCAUCAAAAACAGAAGAAGAAACAUAAAAGAAGACUAAAUGCCUCAGCCAGUGAGGAUAACUCUCUUGAGCCUGAUGACUUUGAUUUGAAUUUUAUCAGGAGCAUUAAGGAGGGUAGCAUUCCGUUCUCACUGCCUCCAAAGAGGCAUGUUCGUAAAAAGUCCCCAUCUCCACCUUUUGCCCUGCCAGCCAUCAAGGAGGACCAUUUUGAGAGAACGUUUGAUCCAGAGGAAUUCCAGUUCGGCUUAAGAAAAACUGGCAAAAGUUUUAGGGAUCCUUCUCCAGCUAUGGUGCUUAAACAAAAAGCAGCCGAUAGGAAAGGACGGACCCUAGAAAAAUGUGCAGAAGAUAAUGCCAUGCACACAUCAAGAGACCAUAUCAAAUCAGUUGAUGAGGUGGAAGGAAAAGAUGGAGUCAACGAGGGGACACACGUUGAAGCAGGAAAAGAAGAGGGACAAAACAAUGGAGAAGAGCCUGGGAAGCUGACGCCACGACUUGGAAGGAUGUCCAUCCUCUCCAGCUUACUGAGUUCCCCUCAUUCCUCCAGGAAGACCAAAGAGGAAGCUACCGCCGCCUCAAAUAACACACGUUCUAACCAACAACAGGACCUGCUCUCACUUGCAAAGCAGGAAGUUGUUGAUUCACCUCUGCCUGCCGUCAAAGCAGAUAAGCAGGGUGUGAGAGGUGUAGAUCAAGGCCCACUUGUGGGUGGUGGUAUAGGUACAGGUAGUGAGUCAGCACCCAACCACUCCUCUCCUCCUCUGCCCUUGUUCUCUGAGAUAAAGCUGCCUGUUCAUUUGGAGAAAUACCUCAAGAAGAACAAAUCAGAAUCUGAGGCCUCCCAGGGCUCUACACAGACAACUAAAACUAAAAUGAAUCCUGAAGGUUCUGUGAUAGACCAGGCCUCGACAGCAGGAGUACCCAAUGUGGGUGUGAGCCUGAAGGGCCCUGCAGGAGUGCCUCCAACCAGCAACAAUGGCCAGCAGACUUCUAGAAAUGGACUUACUACUUCUACGCCUAAGAUACCUGCAGUAAGAGGGUUUCACAAAAGGCCUGGAAAGAUUGUGAUACAUGAACAUGCUCAGUUUGGAGGGCAGCCGUUUGAACUCUACUGUGAUCUAGAGGAUGCCACCGCAUUUAAGCUUUCCCCUGUCAUCUCAGUCAGAGUUAUCAGAGGAUGCUGGCUCCUCUUUGAAAAACCUGGCUUCCAGGGUCGUAUCAUCGCACUUGAGGAAGGUCCCACAGAGCACUUAGUGAAUAUGUGGGCAGAGGAGGGAACACCACCGACACUAGACCAGAUGGGUCAGCCUGUACCAACAGCACCUAUGGUCAUAGGUUCUAUUCAGUUGGCAAUUAGAGACUAUAGCAUACCCCAAAUCGACCUGUUUGCAGAGGUAAAUGGGUUGGGGAGGAUGUCAUCUUACUGUGACGACAUCGUAGAGAUUGGCUCCUAUGGGAUUCCACAGACCACCGGCUCCAUUAAGGUUCAUUCUGGAGUCUGGCUGGUGUACAGUGAUCCAGGGUUUGGAGGUUUUGUUGGAGUGCUGCAGGUGGGGGAGUAUCCCUGCCCAGAGUCCUGGGGUUUCCCUGAGCCCUUCAUCGGGUCUCUCAGACCUCUCCGAAUGGGACCAAUAAUGGUGGAGCAUCCUUGUGAAUUCAAGGCCUUAGUGUUUGAGAAGCCCAACUUUGAUGGAGAGUGCAUAGAGGUCGACAGCGAUGUGUACAACUUGCAAGAAGAGCUGAAAGAGGAGGAAACAGGCAAACCAGACGAGAACAAGAAGACAUUGUCUACAGUGGGGUCUUUAAAGAUACUUGGUGGUCUCUGGGUGGGCUAUCAAGAGGCAGACUUGGAAGGCCAGCAGUACAUCCUGGAGGAGGGGGAGUAUCCUCACUGCAGUGACUGGGGAGGAUCUGAAGAUGGGCUCCUGUCACUUCGGCCUGUAUGCACAGAUUUCCUUUCCCCUCACGUUAAACUGUUCAGUGAACGGCACUUUGAUGAACUGGGGCGCAACGUGGACUUGCUGGGUCCCGUCCUCAGCAUGGAGGACGUCGGCCAUAGUGGCAAAACUCAGUCUGUCAACGUCCUGGGUGGAGUGUGGGUGGCGUUCGAGAAGCCUGGAUUCAGUGGAGAGCUCUACGUUCUGGAGAGAGGCCUGUAUGCAAGCCCAGAGGACUGGGGCGCCCAGAACUUCAAGAUCUCAUCCAUACAGCCGGUCUUCCACGACCCACUGAUGGUAACAACCAGAUUCAAGAUGCAGCUGUAUUCUGAGCCAGACUUCCAGGGAAGGCUGGUGGCUCUUGAGGACAGCGCAGCAGCUCUGGAUGAGGACUUCAUACCCAAGUCCUGUAAGGUGCUGGCUGGCAGAUUUGUGGCAUAUGAAGGAGCUCAGUUCACAGAGAACAUGUAUGUGUUGGAGGAGGGAGAAUACCCCAACACAGAGGCCAUGGGCUUCCUGUCCUCAGACUCUACCAUUCGCUCCAUACAGACCCUUGGACAUGAGUUUUCUCUGCCCUCCAUCGUCUUGUUCAGUAACAACGGCUGUAGAGGGCGCAGAGCGGUGUUGACUAAUGGAGCUGUGAACCUGCGGCAGGCAGGCAUGGACACGUGCAUACGCUCCCUGGUGGUGGAGGGAGGAAUGUGGGUGUUGUAUGAAGGCAGUAACUACCGCGGUCGACAGCUGCUUCUCCAGCCAAGUGAAGUGGCUGAUUUGUGGAAGUUCAGCGGCAGGCAGCAAUUAGGAUCCCUACGUCCAUUACCCCAGAAGCAGAUGUACUUCCGUCUGCGGAACAGGGAGACCGGAUGUGUGAUGUCCCUGACAGGAACUCUGGAUGACAUCAAGCUGAUGAGGGUUCAGGCUGUGGAGGAGACGGGAGGGUUAGAGCAGGUCUGGCUCUAUCGGGACGGGCAGCUUACCUGCAAGCUGGUGGACGACUGUUGCCUGGAGACCACAGGCAGUGUGGUGAUGGAGGGCAGCAGGCUUUGCGUUGCCCCGGAGCGAGGCAAAGGCAACCACCUGUGGAACGUCACCCCAGAUGGCCGAGUGCGCUGCCACCUCAACCCUAGCCUGGUCCUGGAGGUCAAAGGUGGUCAUCAGUAUGACAAGAACCAGGUGAUCCUCAAUACAUGCGAUGAGAGAAAAUUGAACCAAAUUUGGACCUUGGAUAUCCUGUGAUCUGAUGAACCCCGUGGAACACCCUUCUUGAAGGAGGGUUACCAUUGACUGGAUCAACAUUUAAACUAUUAUAGUAGUGUAAAAAAUAUUGCUUAUUUUUAGCCACUUGAUUUCAAACACUAUAUACCAAAGACUCCCCUCUCUGUUUUCACUGCAUGUAGUGAGAACUCAGCCCUGUUUCAAUGCUGCAUACCUUUCUUCACUUUAUGGUACUUUUCGACUACACGGCUCCGAUGUCAGUUUUUCUGAUCAUGCUGUUGGCCAAUAUGAAUGUAUAGCGUUUAUUGACAGCUGCAAUAUGAAGUCCGAUGUGCCCACAAUCCAAAGAUUUCUGUAGACUAAAGAGGUUUAAUUUUUAUUGUUGUAGAUCAGAAAUGAUCUAUUGUAAAGUUUGAAUAUCUUUUUAGGACUUGAUAGGUUUUUACAUUGUUACACAAAUUGUACUUUGCUGCAUUAGGUUGUACAUAAGCAUCACCUGUAUAGAUUUGGGCUCACAUUUUAAAGCAGAACUGCAAUGACAAUGCCGCACACUGUUGAUUGUAAAUAUGUGAAUGUAUGAGGAAA